AUGUGGGAGGAGGAGCUCUGGAAUAAGACACUGAAAGCCGCAUUAGUCAUCCAAAACUGGUACCGACGGUACAGAGCUCGACUGAGGGCUAGACAGCAUUAUGCCCUGGCCAUCUUCCAGUCUGUCGAAUAUGCUGAUGAGCAAGGUCAAAUGCAGCUGUCCGACUUCUUUUCCUUCAUGUUGGAAAACUAUGCAAAGACACCUAAGGAAGAUUCAGCAUUAGUAAGUAGACUUUUUGAAAACACCAUGCGAGAAAACAGGGACAGACAGGAAUAUGUGGGAUUGAUAGAUGUGCCCGACUCUUAUGAUGGCCCUCGUCUGCAGUUUCCUCUCACGUUUACUGACAUUGAUUUACUUCUUCAUGCCUUCAAGCAACAGCAGACACUUCAUGCUCAUUACGUCAUAGAGGUGCUAUUUGAAGCUAGGAAAGUCCUGAAGCAAAUGCCGAAUUUCACUCACAUAAAAACCUCUCCCUCCAAAGAGAUAACAAUCUGUGGUGACUUGCAUGGGAAAUUGGAUGAUCUUUUGUUGAUCUUCUAUAAGAAUGGUCUGCCUUCAGAGAACAAUCCAUAUGUUUUUAAUGGUGAUUUUGUAGAUCGAGGGAACAAUUCCAUGGAGAUCCUAAUGAUCCUGCUUGUUAGUUUUCUUGUCUACCCCACUGACCUGCAUCUGAAUAGGGGGAACCAUGAAGACUUUAUGAUGAAUCUGAGGUAUGGCUUCACAAAAGAAAUUUUACAUAAAUACAAGCUACAUGGAAGAAAAAUCUUGCAAAUCUUGGAAGAAGUCUAUACCUGGCUCCCAAUUGGUACAAUUAUUGACAAUGAAAUCCUGGUCAUACAUGGUGGGAUAUCAGAGUCCACAGACUUGAAUACACUCCACAAAAUACAAAGAAAUAAAAUGAGAUCUGUGUUAAUGCCACCAAUGUCAAUAAAUCGAGAAUAUGACGUUAACAUAAAGAAAAAUAAAACAGGGUCAAGCAUUGCUACACCUGGGAAGGCUGAAUCAGACAAUUUCCCUUCAGAACAGUUAACAAAGCAUGAAUGGGAACAAAUUAUUGACCUUCUGUGGAGUGACCCCAGAGGCAGAAAAGGCUGUUAUCCAAAUACAAGCCGAGGAGGGGGCUGCUAUUUUGGACCAGACGUUACCUCAAAGAUUCUUAAUAAAAACCAAUUGAAGAUGCUCAUUAGGUCUCAUGAGUGCAAACCUGACGGAUAUGAAAUCUGCCAUGAUGGAAAGGUCAUUACUGUAUUUUCUGCUUCUAACUAUUAUGAAGAAGGCAGCAACCGGGGAGCUUACAUCAGACUAAGUUAUGGUUCAACUCCAAAAUUUUUCCAGUACCAAGUAACUAGUACAUCAUGCCUGAGCCCUCUUCACCAAAGGGUGAAUACUAUGGAAUUCAAUGCCUUCAGGAUAUUAAAAGAAAGAAUGCUUUCACGAAAAACUGAUCUCACCAAUGCUUUCCAGCUCCGAGACUACAGCAGAUCAGGGAGGAUUUCAUUGGCCCAGUGGGCUUUUUCUAUGGAGAGCAUUUUGGGGCUGAACUUACCAUGGAGAUCUCUGAGUUCACACCUAGUAAACAUAGAUCAUGAUGGAAAUGUUGACUACAUGUCCAGCUUUGAGGAUGUCCACAUUGAAAAACCUGUGAAAGAGAUGAAAUCUAGUCUAAUUGAAACUCUGUACAGAUACCGAUCUGACCUGAAAAUCAUAUUUAAUGUCAUUGACACUGAUCACUCAGGUCUGAUCUCCAUGGAUGAAUUCCGGACCAUGUGGAAACUGUUCAAUACUCACUACAAUGUUCACAUUGAUGAUUCCCAAAUUGAUGAGCUUGCCAGCAUAAUGGACUUCAACAAAGAUGGAAGCAUAGACUUUAAUGAGUUUUUAAAGGCUUUCUAUGUAGUACAUAAAUAUGAGAAACCAGAGAGCCGUCCUGAUCAAGAUAAACAAAAACUUCCCCCAGCCUCCUUAAAAACAGCUGACCCCAAAUUGCAGUCUUAACCAGGACCUUUGAAAUCCAUAGUAGUAGAGUAAAGUAGACCAUAAUUCAUACCACAAGCAGACACAGCAUUGUUGGCAGUCUUUGGCAAACCAUUAUUGAUAAGACUAGGUUAGAUAUCAGUUGAUGAGACUUACUUCCAAUGUUGGGAUCCACACACUGCCGGUGAUAAACUGCGUUUGAGCCUAGUGCUGAUCUCAGAUGAUACCUAACCAGUAGGCUAGAGCAAUUUGGAAGCAUACUGAAAGGAACCCACUGAGCAUGAGAGGAAAUAUUAGGUGUAAUAUCUGUGAGUUAAUGAGGAUAAGAGGAAUUCUAAAUCAUUAUUGAAAUAAAAUGUUUCCAUCAUCAAA